AUGCUCAAACGUCAAAGAGCGGCAUCGCCACGAGCUUCUGCUUUGAGCGACGUCCCUCUACUUUUUGACGACUCCUCCCGCCCAAAACGCAGGCGAAUCUUGCCACCCGCCCUCGAUGGAAACCUUCGUGGCAGGAUAUGGGAGAAUGGCAAAGACGACGGGGAGGAGGAGUAUGAAAGCGUAGACGAGGAAGGGCAGGAUCGGGGCGAGGGCUCCUCAGAAUACAAGGCUGCUAACAGCAUGUUGCAUGAACUGCACGCAUUGAACCGCCAUCGACAAGCAUCUGCAACUACAGUGUGUCACCAACAUUGGCCGUACAGACUCCCUGACACGCCUCCUGGAAAAGGCGGCUCUUUAAUACAUCUUCAUCAUAACGAGGAGAAGAUGUAUGCUCAGGAGUGCAGUGGCUCAGGAAAUCUGUCGGCAGACGAGCUGCAGAAGGUGACAGAGCGUUACGAGGAGACUAACAAGUUGAGCCACUGCUUCUCUUUGUUGACUGCGACUCAUCGUUCGCAGGCGUCUGGGCGUACUAUUUCUAUCGCGACGGAAAGAAUUGGAGGAUAA